AUGCUGUUCACCCUGCUCCGCUUCUUGUUGGCCCGGACUUACUACCAUCCUCCGGCCGACAGUGAUGAUGAGGAUACGGGAUCGGCUCCGGCGACUUCUGGAUCGCCCUCCCGAACUUCCAGCUCAACAUCGGAUCUUCAAGUGAAGCCCGCCACAAAGAUCAACACCAAAGAAGCAAAAACUCCAGCGCCUAAGAAGCGUGUCGGCACGGGCCUCCUCGUCUUCGACGAGUUCAAGGCGUUGCCCAUCAAGCUGCAGCACAUGCUCUUGGCCCGGCUGACCCCGCUGGAGUGGCUGACCCUCAUUACCGCCAUGCCAAAACGCUACUACAUAGCCGCCGACGGAGCGCACGCCUUUCCCUGCCAAGGAAUUGGGGAAUAUUUGCGAAAUGGGGUCGCCAUCAUUCGCAAGGGGGUUGAUGGCACUCAGCAAUACUACGAGACAUGCUACGUUCGCCAGUCGAAGCGCAACCAGCAUAACGAAAUGCAGUUGCUGAGGUUGGACCGAAAGCACGACCGGAUGAUGUACAUCAUCGAGGACAAGUGGUGGAGUAACGCUGAAAAGAAGCUCCAGCAACUACGUGAAGAACACAACACCCUCCUCUUCAGCAACGCCCAUACCGAUAGGUUCCACCGCGGUCAGCAACCCGGGCCCUAUCCCGGUCAGAGGGCCGACCGCUUCUGCGACUCGAGCUCAGCUACUCCCGAAUCGUUCCGACGGGGAAUGGAACAAUGUCAAGCCCACAGUUACUCGGCCAACAUGGAGGUGCCCGCCCAUCAUAAUUCGAGCCUGCAACUGAUCCAGGCCAUCGCGGAGUUCGAGAGGCCCCUCAAACGCCUCGACAUCGCCAUCGGCCACUCGGUAGACGAACUUCAUGCCCUCUGCAACGUGACGGCCCCAGAGAUGCACAUCCGCUUCUUCCUGGUUUCCGACGAGGAGCGUGGCUCCCGCUCCCCGGCCGACCAACUGGCCUACAUCAACGCGGGGCGGGCCGUCGGCAAGGCGUGGCGCGAGCUGGAGAUGCAGCGCUCGUGGAUUCGCGUCGUCCAGGAUCUCAGCUCCGAGGGUCGGAUGUAUUCCAAGUGGCAAUAUCACACCAGCCCCAGCCAGCAGGCAAAUGUCGACAAGAAACGCCAUCUUCUGUGCUCUGAGAUCCGCUCCUUCCUCGAUCGCUACGACCAAAUUUCGCGCCGUGAGCUGGCCAUCGACAUGCUGGCUCACACCUCCAAGAUCAGGGACGACCUGGAACUUGACGUGCUUGAACUGAAACUUCACUGGUGCGUCCGCGCCCACUCCUACAUUGACGCCUACCGCACUGGGCGCAUCUACGAGAACCCGACGCCGGCGCCAUGGGCGAUAAAUGAUCCGCGCCGCCGAACG